GCGUCGCUUGUUUUUCUCCGGCCUCCUUCCUGUACCCAGGUUGAGGAAGUGAAUUCGCUGACAGGGUUGGGUUCUGUAGAGGGAGGCGAAAAGAAACAUCUCAUAUUCGGUGGGGACAAAACACAGCAAUAGUCGCGGGGAACCAUUUAUAAAACACAUCAGUUAAAAAUUGCAGGCUCAUCGGUGAAAUCAUAUUCCCCCACUGACAUCGCCACAGAACUCCGCAGACAUGAACGACCAGCAGCUAGAUUGUGCCCUGGACCUGAUGAGGCGUCUGCCGCCUCAGCAGAUUGAGAAGAACCUCAGCGACCUCAUUGACCUGGUGCCCAGUCUGUGUGAGGACCUGCUCUCCUCCGUGGAUCAGCCUCUAAAAAUCGCCAAGGACAAAGUGGUGGGCAAAGACUACCUGCUCUGUGAUUACAACCGAGAUGGCGACUCCUACAGAUCCCCCUGGAGUAAUAAGUACGAGCCCCCCAUCGACGAUGGCGCGAUGCCGUCAGCCCGUCUGAGGAAGCUAGAGGUGGAGGCCAACAACGCCUUCGACCAGUACCGAGACCUGUACUUUGAGGGUGGCGUGUCUUCCGUUUACCUCUGGGACUUGGACCACGGCUUCGCCGGCGUCAUCCUCAUCAAGAAGGCCGGCGAUGGCUCCAAGAAGAUCAAGGGGUGCUGGGACUCCAUCCACGUGGUGGAGGUGCAGGAGAAGUCGAGUGGCCGAACCGCUCACUACAAACUCACCUCUACUGUCAUGCUGUGGCUGCAGACCACCAAGGCCGGCUCUGGUACCAUGAACCUGGGCGGCAGCCUCACAAGACAGAUGGAGAAGGACGAGACGGUGGGAGAGUCCUCACCGCACAUUGCCAACAUCGGCCGCCUUGUGGAGGAUAUGGAGAACAAGAUCCGCUCCACGCUGAAUGAAAUCUACUUUGGGAAGACCAAGGACAUCGUCAACGGCCUAAGAUCUAUUGACUCUUUGCCUGAUAACCAAAAGUACCGACAGCUCCAGAAGGAGCUGUCGCAGGUCCUGACCCAGCGCCAGAUCUUCAUCGACUAGGUUCACAGGAGUGUCCAGACUCUGGCUGACAAGUCGAAGCAGGAGGCUCUGAAGAACGAUCUAAUGCUGGCGCUCAAACGCAAACAGCAAAGCUAGAGACGCUGCGGCCCGUGUCCUUCUGUCUGUCUCUCUGUCCAUCUCUCUCUGUCUCUCUCUCGCUCUCGCUCUCGCUCUCUCUCUCUCGCUCUUUCGCACGCUCUCUCUCUCUCUCUCUGCCUCAUUUCUGCCAUUUCAUUUCCUUUUCUUUCUGUUUAUUUGCGUCCCUCCCUCCAUACCCGUCUCACUCUUGCUGCACUCUUUUUGUUUCAUUUGUGGACAAAACGACACAAAAAAAAAUGAGGAAAUUCGUAGCUUAUUUUUUAAAUAAAACAUUCACGCUUUUGUUUUGAGGCAUCUCAUUUACCACGAAAGCCAUUUACCCCCUCCCUCCCUUUCUCUCUCUCUCUGUCUCGUACUAUGAAUAUAAUGAUAGUAUUGCAACGGUUACUGGUAAUAUUGUCUCAUCCAGAACUGGGUAAUAGACAACACAGACUGUACUGUUUAUCAGGGGGGAGGGCUUUUGGCAAGACUAUCAAAUAGUCAUCAUUUCACAUCCCUUUUAUUGCUUUCACCUAUAUCUUUCUUUUGUUUAUCAAAACACGCCGAAAGCACCCCUAAUUUAUCUGUAAGGAAACCUAACCUGUCAAUGUAGCUGCCAUCUUUCAAAGGGUUGAUGGGGGGGGGGGGAGGGGGGGAGCUGUGCGGGGGUGAGAGGGGGAGAGCCUGGGUCGGUGGGAGUGGGAGUCGGGGUGGGUAGAAAAUGGUAGACUUUUACAAAACAUGGGAAUGGACUGUUAAACUCACUGUACAUACCCAUGCCAUUAAGCACACACUCUUCCCUCCCCCCUCUCCCUUUACACUGUGUAUAACAUGAAUAAUGGUCUCCCCUUUUGUUUCGCUAUCCUACUCUCUCUCUCUCUCUCUCUCCCUCACUGACUCACUCUCUCUCUCUCCCUCACUGACUCACUCUCUCUCUCUCCCUCACUGACUCACUCUCUCUCCCUCACUCUCUCACUCUCUCUCUCUCUCCCCGUCUGUCUUUGUUGGGGGUCACAGUUUGUCUUGGCGUUUAACGGAAACUUUUGACCAUUUCCGUUUCGGAGGGGAAUCUUUUGUUGUAUUUUGUUUUUAUUUUGUAAAGCUUAUGAUUCAUAUUGUAUUAGAGCCUCCAGCAACAAUAAAAACGGUAAAAAGCUC